GUGAAAGAGAACCGCAACCCCCAAGGGAACACGGGAAGCACCUUUCCUCUGUACGGGGUCAUUCGGUUCCUGGGGCUCAGGGUUUUUCCUAACGGGAUCCUCCCGCCUGGGGCUCCUCCAACACAGCGGAGCGCCCUGGAAAUGGAACCCCGAGCUUCUAUCCGAUUUAAGUGUGCCCUCACAAACACCAUCUUAGACGUCCUUCGACAGCGACCAGGAUGGGUGGAAGUGAAAGAUGAUGGCGAGUGGGACUUUUACUGGUGUGACGUCCGCUGGCUUCAGGAGAACUUUGACCACACGUACAUGGACGAGCAUGUCCGCAUCAGCCACUUCCGCAACCAUUACGAGCUGACUCGGAAAAACUACACCGUGAAAAACCUGAAGCGCCUCCGGAAGCAGCUGGAGAGGGAGUCCGGGAAGCUGGAGGCCAUGAAGUGCGACUUCUUCCCCAAGACUUUUGAGAUGCCCUCCGAGUACCACUUGUUCGUGGAGGAGUUUCGCAAGAAUCCGGGCAUCACCUGGAUCAUGAAACCG